AUGGAAAUAAAAAGGGCUGCCGUUCUGAUCAUCUCCGACGAAGCCUCCAAGGAUCCCACUUUGGACCGAGCGGCUGGUACUCUUGCACCUAUCCUGACCAAGGAGGAGAAGUGGGAACUCUCCGCAAUUCGCAUAGUUCCGAACAACGUUCUCCAAAUCCAGCAAGCAGUUUGCGACUGGACUAGUGGCCCCAAUUGGCACCAUCUAGUUUUGCUCAGUGCUGCAACAGACUUGACAGUCAAAGAUAAUACCCCGGAGGCCAUCAUUCCUUUGAUCCAUCGACAUGCCCCCGGCCUAUUCCAUAGCAUGAUCGCCGAGUCUCUGGAAUUUACCCCAUGUAAGAUGAUAUCAACCCUCGCAUCUGAAUAUACAAACCCCAGCUCAUUCCCGACGUCACGUCUAGUCGCGAAGGCGGAAAGACCGUUUGUUGGUGUUCGUGAGAAGACUUUGAUUGUCAGUUUACCAGGUUCCUCUAAAGGAGCCCUGGAGAAUCUCCAAGCCGUUAUGAACCUCCUCCCUCAUGUCAUCCCGCAGAACCCUCGCUCCUUACAUACUAGUGGCAAGAAAAAAUCAAACAAUGGGGCCGGAGUCAUUAUUGCCCAGGGUCUACCACAACCUCAACUUCAAACCCAUUACCAUCACCACGAUGCCCAUGCCCAUGGCCAUCCGAUCCGCAAAGCAGACAUAUCUCCACCAGACCGUCCCCGAUCCAAAUCCAACAGACCCGCCAUGGGCCUCAAUCAGCGCUACCGCGCUUGUGCCAAUACUAUGCUUUCUGUAGAAGAAGCACUACGCGUGAUUCGCGAGCAAACCCCUGCACCUAUUGUGGUCAAAACCCCUGUCACCACUUCCAUCAUCGGCUCUGUCAUUGCCGAAGAUGUCUACGCCAGUGAGAUGGUACCGGCAUACCCAACCAGCCUUGUCGAUGGCUACGCCAUCAUUGCCGAAGAAGGCAAAUCCACCAGCGCCAUUUUCCAUGGAACUUCAAUCGCCCACGCCAACAUGAGCGGAGCCUUCGAGCCCCUACAACCAGGAACCAUUGCUAGAAUUACCGCUGGCACCUCCCUCCCUCUUAAUACCAACGCUGUAGUUAUGUUCGAUGACACAGCAUCCUCAACCCUAGACCAAGAAGAAGAAAAUGUCGAGAUCCUGGCCGAUGAUAUCGUCCCAGGUGAAAAUGUCCGGCAGCCCGGUAGCGACGUUGCCCUCAACUCGAAGAUUCUUGCUCGUGGGGAGCUUAUCUCCCCAGUCGGCGGCGAAAUAGGUCUACUUGCUGCCACGGCCACGCGAACCGUCAAUGUAUUCAAGAAGUGCCGUGUGGGCGUCCUCAGUAUCGGUGGCGAUCUCGUGGAGCAUUCGAAUCCCUCUACCCUCGUCAGAGGCCAGAUCCGCGACUCUAACCGCCCAUCCCUCUUAUCCUGCCUAGCCUCCUGGGGCUUUGAGGCCGUUGACCUUGGCCUCGCCCGUGAGACGGCAGCAGGCGAGCUCGGACACACCCUUUGUGACUCCCUAUACGGUGUAGGCCGUGCAUUUUCUGGCGUCGAUGUGCUAGUAAUCACUGGUAGCAUGUCCCUAGGCAAGCUAGACUUCAAUGCUAUCGUUGAGCACACGCUAGGUGGCACCAUUCACUUCGACCGGGUCUCCAUGAAACCCGGCAUGGCCACUACCUUCGCGACGAUACCCUGCAAGGCUACCACAGCUGACGGAGCUGCCGAGAAUGUCCGGCAGAAACACACCUCGAAGCUGAUAUUUUCUCUUCCCGGAGACCCAGCCUCGACGCUAGCCACCCUAAAUCUCUUCGUCCUAUCUUCCCUCCAUAAACUUUCCGGCCUAGGCGAGUCCUCUCACGCUAUCUCUGCCAGGCCGGGGAUUGGGCCGCAGGUAGGUCUGCCUCGGGUCGCUGUCGUACUGACACACCACUUCCCCCUCGACCCCAAGCGCACUGAGUACCACCGUGCUGUUGUGACGGGCUCUCGCUCGGACGGCCGACUAUAUGCUACAAGCAAUGGUGUUAAUGCCAUAGGCAGUCUUGCCAAGGCCAAUGGUCUAGUUAUACUCCGGCCAGGGCGGGGCGUUGGGAUCAAGGGUGAAAUUGUGGAGGCGCUGAUGAUGGGUCCUGUCUAUGCCUCCGAUACCCGCAUUAUUUGCUAA